GUUAAACUUGUUUACAAAUGAAAUGAUACGGAUUCGUCGCGCUAUUUCCGAGCAGCUGCCGCAGCUGAAGAACAUUUACCAUGCCCUGGAAGUGCCCCUGAAGAAGCAGCAACUGCAAAAUGCCCAGCGACCGACUCUGGAAUGGACUCUGCCGGCUUCCAUUGCGCAACAGGAGCAGGAGCUGCUGGAUUCCCUGAGGAGUCACACCUUCGAUGCCACCUACAUAGAGAAAGUGCGUGUAGUGCCCAGCGCUGGACGCAGUGCCGCCAAAGUGGAAUUCCAGCUGCAGCCGCAGUCAUUUGUGGAACAGCUACUCCGGAAAAGACAGCCGGAGGCUCUGCCACUCUCCCCGAGCGACGAGCAUGUUGUUGUGGAGUACAGUUCCCCCAAUAUCGCCAAGCCUUUCCAUGUGGGCCACCUGCGCUCUACGAUCAUUGGCAAUGUGCUGGCCAAUCUCCACCAGCAUUUGGGAUACCGCACCACGCGCCUUAAUUACCUCGGAGAUUGGGGUACACAAUUUGGGCUCCUAGCACUUGGCGUUCAGCUGACCAAUGUCAGCGAUAAGGAUAUGCAGAGAGCACCCAUAGAGACGCUUUACAGAUCUUAUGUGGCCGCCAAUAAAGCGGCUGAGGAGAACCCAGAGAUUGCCCAGCGAGCGAGAGACCUUUUCACAGCCCUGGAGGCAGGAACAGACGACGCGAUGGCCCAACAAUGGCAGCAGUAUCGACAGUACACCACUGAAGAGCUCUCGGGGGUCUACAAUCGGUUGGGCGUCCACUUUGACAGCUACGAAUGGGAGUCGCAGUACUCCCAGCAGCAAAUCAGUGAAGUUCUGGAGAAGCUGCGGUCUGCAGGUCUUCUCCAGCGAGAAGUGGAUGGCCGCGAGAUAGUGGUGGUGGAUGAUCGACGCAUUCCAGUGAUCAAAAGCGAUGGCUCCACGUUGUAUCUGGCAAGGGAUAUAGCUGCUCUCCUCGAGCGUCACUCGCGUCUGCAGUUCUCCCGCAUUCUCUAUGUGGUGGACAAUGGCCAAGCGGAUCAUUUCAAUGCCUUGUUCAAGACAACGGCUGCCUUGGACAAGCGAUUGAGUCUGGAGCAGCUGAAGCAUGUGAAAUUCGGCCGGAUUCAUGGUAUGAGCACGCGCCAGGGCAAGGCAAUCUUUCUGCGGGAUGUCCUGGACGAAGCACGCGAUGUGAUGCGAGAGAAGCGUAUUCAAACACAAACCACCAGAUCGAAUAGCUCUCUGGACGAUGAAGAUGUCUGUGAUAUCCUGGGUGUUUCCGCCGUCCUCGUGAAUGUCCUCAAGCAGCGUCGGCAACGCGAUCAUGAAUUCAGCUGGCAGCAUGCCCUUCAAGUCAAUGGGGAUACGGGCAUUAAGCUCCAGUACACACACUGCCGGCUGCAUAGCCUUUUGCAGAACUUCAAGGAUAUAGACCUGGAGGACAUUAGACCCGAUUGGCAGCAUUACAGCCAGGAGCCAGUGGAUGCCUUGGAUUUGCUGUAUGAGCUGGCGCGUUUUGAUCAAUCCAUUUGGCAAUCCAAAGAGCAAUUGGAGGCGUGUGUUCUCGUUAAUUAUUUAUUUGGUUUGUGCAAUGCCACAAGUCGUGCCCUGAAACGUUUACCUGUAAAGCAGGAGAGCUGUCCGCUGAAGCAAUCACAGCGUUUGCUGCUCUUCCAAGCCGCCAAGCGGACCCUUCAGCAGGGGAUGCAGCUACUGGGCCUCAGGCCACUCAACCAAAUGUAGAGAAGGAGACAGUCUUUAACAUAGUUUGAUAUUUAUUAAACAUUUUAAACUGAAAUGCAACGUGA